AUGAGGUUUGCCUCCCAAUUAAUGUGCUUUCCCGUGGGUGCCCACUCACAGAGCAAGGCAGCCGCAGGACACACGGACACGAUGGGUGACGAGCAAGCCCCCGAGCAGGGCCUGGACAGGUUCAGCUAUGACUAUGAGACCAUCCGCAACGGGGGGCUCAUCUUUGCCAUUGUGGCUUUUGUCCUCGGGCUCCUCAUCAUCCUCAGCCAGCGGCUUCACUGCGGAGGGAAGAAGAAGAGGAGGCAAGGAAACGAGGACGAGCUGUAGCUGCAGGUAGGUUGCAGGAGGAUGUAUCCCACUGACAGCAGGGCUCCCUGGGUCUGCUUGUGCUGGGCAGUGAUGCUUGGAGGCCUCUGUCCUGCGUAACCUGCCUGCUCUGUCUGGUUUCAGAGCUGCAAUGCCACUGUGGAUGCAGAGCUGCAUCCAAAGCAGGAAAGUCCUUGCCACGGGCCACUCCUUACCCCGCUCCAGUGGAUCCAUUACCCUGCUCACCCGGACGGGGCUGGAACACAAAUUGCGCU